AUAGAUGAGCCUUUCUUUUCAGUGAUUGGUAUCUCGAGUGGUUGUUAGCCAUUGCGUUUGUUGGUGGAAUAGCCGCACCUCUGAACUAUCGCUGGGUGAGUGGGGCCUGAUUUCUUAGCUUAGCUUUUUGAAUUGGUAUGUUUGCUAAGUUAAUGAAGCACUUAAGAAGCCUUUUUUUCAUUCUAACGAGCCAUUCUAAGGGUUUUGAAGAGGCGAAAUUCGCAAUGACUGUGGUGAAGCCAGUGAUGUUAGUCACUGAUGAGAGCAGCCAAACAUGGUACUCAAAACUUCUGAAAACGGAUGUUCCAUCUCUGAGAUGGCAUGCUUUAUUGGAUUCCACUUCCUCAGAUUUAGCAAAGCAGUGGAAUGAUAUUGCUGUGUUGCACUCAGAAAUGCUCAAGAAGCAUCGUGUAAAGCCUCUACCAUUUGAUUAUUCCUGGGCACCAGACGGUGCUGUAAUGAUAUGCUUUACUUCAGGAACAACAGGAAAGCCUAAAGGAGUAACACUAAGCCAUGGAGCAUUGAUCGUACAAUCACUAGCAAAGAUUGCCAUAGUUGGAUACAAUGAGGAUGAUGUUUAUCUGCAUACUACUCCAUUAUGCCAUAUUGGGGGAUUGUCAUCGGCUUUGACCAUGCUUAUGGUUGGAGGUUGCCAUGUCUUGAUGCCGAAGUUCGAUCCAAAAUUAGCUGUUGAUGCCAUAGAGCGAUACGGGGUGACAUCUCUUAUCACAGUCCCUGCAAUAAUGGCCGGUCUCAUUUCUCUAAUUAGGCACAAAGAGACAUGGAAAGGGGGAGAAACCGUAAAGAAAAUACUUAAUGGGGGUGGAAGCCUCACACUUGAGCUCAUCAAGGAUACUAACUUAUUCUUCCGUAAAGCUAAGCUUAUCUCAGCUUAUGGGAUGACAGAGACAUGUUCUUCAAUGACAUUCAUGAACCUUUAUGAUCCAAUGCAUGAAACCACCAUUAGCCAGAACCUUCAAAUAGUUGGUGAGGCAGCAUCAUCAAAUUCCAUUCACCAGCCUCAAGGUAUAUGUGUUGGCAAAGCUGCACCUCAUGUAGAACUUAAAAUAUGCGAAGAUGAUGGCACUAGUCACAUAGGGAGAAUUUUAACUAGAGGACCACACACAAUGCUCAGGUAUUGGGAUCAAACUCUCACAAGUUCAUCAAAUGGCAGGAGUGAAGCAUGGUUUGAUACAGGUGACAUUGGAUCAAUUGAUAAUCAUGGUAAUUUGUGGCUCCUUGGACGAACAAAUGGUCGAAUCAAGAGUGGUGGGGAGAACAUUUACCCUGAAGAGGUUGAAGCAAUUCUACAAGGACAUCCAGGGAUUACAAGUGUUGUUGUUGUAGGAAUCCCAGAUGCCUAUCUUACAGAAAUGGUAGCAGCAUGUAUCCAACUAACAGAAAAUUGGCAAUGGUUAGAUCAAUCUAAUUCAAAUCAAGAGUUUCACAUAUCUAAAAGGAGUCUCCACCAAUAUUGUAUUCAACAUAAUCUAAGCAGGUUUAAGAUACCAAAGAUGUUUGUACUGUGGGGAAAGCCUUUUCCACUCACUACCACAGGAAAAGUAAGAAGAGACCAAAUCCACAAGGAAUUAAUGUGCCGGCUACAAUCUUUGCAUAGUAAUCUUUGAAUAGCUUAAAGGGCACAAUGACUUGUGAACUAACAAAAAUGGAAUUGGUUGAAUCCAAAAUGCUGCAUCAACAAAUUUUGCAAGUGAUACCUCAGGCAUGUGAUAUUAACAUUGCCAAACACCAAAAAGAGUAUUGAAACAUUUGAGAAGAUCAAUCAGUUGGAAAAUAAAGGUAAGAAAUUUGAAUCAACAUUCUCUACU